UAUGACAAUAAUGUGCGAGUUGUCUUCCUUUGUUGCCGACCGCCAUUGUGUAACCAUAACUACCGUCUGUAAAUAGCAGCAGGCAAUGUCACAAUAAAGUGGUAGGGUAGGCAAGAAAUAAGCAACAAUAUCCCAAUAACAACAUGCCUGGCAGUGCAAUUUCUGCAGCAGGGAGUUCUGCUUCCUCAUCCUCAUCGAGGAGAGCAAAAACACGCAAUUACAGAGUGGUCAGUCACACAUCCCAGGUAGAUGAAACACUGUUUGGUGUCCCAAACCAUGUGGAACAAAGAAAUCAAAUGAUUAAAGAAAAAAUGGAUAACGUCAGAGAAGAAGGAAUUUCUAUUGAAGAACUUGCCAGAGAAAGGAGUGCAAAGAGGAAAAAUUCAAAAAGAGGAAAGAAAGAUAAAGAAACAGUUCAAGUUAUCACAAAGGAUCUAAUCAGAAAUCUUAUAGUUCCUGGUGAUGAUCCCUCUGGCAAUUCUGUAAUCCUUCCUCGCCACGAGUUCUACAGAAUUGUGAUGGAGGCUCAAGUCAAAACCAAAGAGCAAAGAGAGGCAGAAGAAGCUGCCAUGAAAAGACAGAAAGAAGAAAUGAUGGAGGCAAGCCAACAAAGAAAGAAUCUAAUGAAACAGAAAGAUAUGGAGAGAAGAAAGAAUGAAAAGCUGAAUGAUCUUGAGAUAGAAGCAAAGGAAAAUGCCGAACACUUGUUAUCCAAGGCCAACGCUAUGAGACAGGAGCAAGAGGAUGAGAUUAAACACUUAAAUGAGCUGAUUCUCAAUGCCAAAUGUCAUGCCAUCAGAGAUGCUCAGAUUCUGGAGAAGAAACAAAUUAAGGGUGAGAUGAUGGAGGAGGAUAAGCGACUGGAUGUGAUGAUGGAAGUGGACAGACAGAACGCCAUCACCAUCCAGGAGGAGAUCGAGAAGAAGAGGAAGGAGGAGAGGCUUCUGGGAGCUGCCAAACUUCUGGACCAGAUUCAGGAGAAUGAACAGGAGAGGCUGUUUGAUUUGGAGAGGAAGGACCAAGAAAAUAUUCAAAUGCAGAAGUAUAUUGAGAAAAUGAUGGAUGAAGAUCGAGUUUCUUUGGACAAGAAACAUGCAGAGCAGAUUUCUCUUAGGGAGGACUUGAACAAAGCCAAUGAAGAUCUUCUCAGACGUCGGGAAAUCAAAAAGGAACAGGAAGUUGCAGAGGAACAAAAGGUUGUGGAGUAUAUGAAGAAGAAAGCUGAAAGAGAAGCUGCCUUUGAGAAGGAACAAGAGAGAAUCAGAAUUGAGAAGGAGAAGGAAACAGCCAGGUUACGAGCUCUCCAAGAGCGAGCUCGUGAUGAGCAGGCUGAGCGAGAUGCUCUUCGAGCUAAGCGAGCACAAGAACAGGCUGAGAGGGAAUGGAGAAAGAAAGAAGCAGAGGAGGCUAGAAAGAAGGGUGAAAUGGAGGCUACACUUAUCCAGGCACGCUCUCAGCAAAUGCAGCAGAAAGAACACUUCCUGGCAGUCCAGGCUCAGCGAGAGCGAGCAGAGUUUGAGAGAGUUCUGAGAGCUCAAAAGGAGUUGGUAGAAAAAGAGAAGAGAGAGGAAGAGGAGGCUAAGAAGAAGAAACUGACUCAUGCUGAUGAGGUCAGGAGGCAGAUUCGUGACAAGGAGCAGGUCCGGAUCUUGGAGAGGAACUCGUUCUUUGAGGAGGGCGUUAAACUAGAUGAAGAGGCCCGAGAGAGGAGACAUAAACUUGAGGAAGUGAAAAAGAAGAAAUUGAGUGAACUUAGAGAUGCAGGCAUUCCAGAGAAAUAUAUAGGUCAUGUUGCUCACAAAGUCAAUGUUGUUGUCUCAUAAGACAAGACCAUCAGGAGUGCUGGUAUUCCAGACAAGUAUUUAACUCAAGUGGAGAGAAAGAUCAACCAACCUCAGCACAUCAGUGCCUAACCCAGAACUCUCUUAAGACAGGAACAGACCUAUAUCAUCUAUAUUGUGGGAGGAAAGCUGCCACUUCAUGCUUCAUCUGUGAUAUAAUUGUUUACAGUUUAUACCAUUCAGUACUCAUCAGAAUUUUUUUCGUUUAUGAUUUUAUUUCAAUUACUAAGAGAAUUGGAUUUUUAGAACUGAAAGAGACUGGAUGCAUUUACAUGUUACUGAUGAACUACAUUUAGUGAAUGUUAAUUUUGUGUAAUAUUGAAUGUUUUACCUUUGUUUUAUUAAUGUUACCUGCGGUGGUCUACUUUAAAUAGAAUUCUGUCAUGAAUGACCAAGAAUACAAACUCUCAAUAUCAGCAGUGCUAGUAAAUGGUUGUCUGCACUUGUAUCAAGUUCCAGUGUGUCACAAUAUUUUUAGAGCCUCUUCUUGGUCUAACAUGAAUAAUGUCUUAAAUUAUAUGUAAAUAUUGAAUCACCAUUUAAUAUAUAUUUAAUAAAGUCAUUCAGUGAUGUGAAUAAAUUUAUUACUAUAAA